UUGACGUGGUCGCUCGUUACUUGUUGUUCGACCGAUUCCCCACUUUCAACGACGACUUGCCCGCCAAACAAUCGUCGCCAAACCACUUAAACCUCAUGCAGCCCAAAGUUGCCGCCCAAUCUGUGUUGGCGAUUGGGCUUGGGCCACGUUGGAAUUGCUCCUCCUCACUAAUGGUAAUAGGUCUACCGGCUGGUUGGAUGACGAUGCGCCAUGCCCGCCGGUUUUUUUUUUCUUGCAUUCCCUCGCCCACUGCCGCCGGCCGCUGGUGCCCGCUUUCUUGCAUUAGUCUGCCUGGCCGGAAGAGGUUCCUGUGUGCACGAAACGAAUCCAGUGGGUUUGUUCUGCCAUCUUCACCGGUCGAGAAAGGUGGUGGUGGGCAAUUAUCUGAAUAGCAUGGCGUGGUAUGGCAGGGCAUGGCAUGGGAUAUGUAGCAAUGACAAGCAUAUGUACAGUGUGUAUUAAACUAU